AUGAAAAAAGAAAAUGACUCUAAGGUGAUGGAAUUUGUUCUUCUGGGUCUGUCAUCCUCCUGGGAAGUACAGCUAUUUCUCUUCUUCAUGUUUUUCUUCAUUUAUGUUGCCAUCAUCCUGGGAAACCUCUUGAUAGUGGUGACAGUGAGAGCUGAUGUUGACCUGCUACAAUCUCCCAUGUACUAUUUCUUGGGCCAUCUCUCCUUCAUUGACCUGUGCCUGAGCUGUGUUACUGUGCCCAAGGCAUUGGGAGAUUUCCUACACCAGGGAAAGACAAUUUCUUUCUCAGGAUGCUUGGCCCAGAUCUACUUCCUCCACUUUCUGGGAGCUAGUGAGAUGUUUCUGCUGACAGUGAUGGCCUAUGAUAGGUAUGUUGCCAUAUGUGAGCCUUUGCACUACCUGACAGUCAUGAACCACAGGCUAUGUCUUCAGUUGCUGUUUGCCUGUUGGUGUGGGGGCUUCAUCCACUCUAUCACACAGGUCACACUGGUCAUCCAGCUGCCUUUCUGUGGCCCCAAUGAAGUGGACAACUUUUACUGUGAUGUCCCACAGGUCAUCAAGCUAGCCUGCAUGGACACCUAUGUGGUAGAGGUCCUGAUGGUCUCUAACAGUGGUCUGCUGUCUCUUAUUUGCUUCUUAGUCUUGCUAUUCUCCUAUGUGGUCAUCCUGAUCAACCUGAGAACCCACCUUCGUCAGGGCCGGAGUAAGGCACUCUCUACCUGUGCUUCCCACUUAAUAGUGGUCAGCCUGAUCUUUGUGCCAUGUGUAUUUAUUUACCUAAGACCUUUCUGCAGCUUCUCUGUGGAUAAGAUAUUCUCUGUGUUUUACACAGUGAUCACACCUAUUUUGAACCCCCUCAUCUACACACUCAGAAAUACCGAUAUGAAGACAGCAAUGAAGAAGCUGAGAAAAAAAAGCAUGCCAUUCUGUUGCCUUCUUAAAGGGUGA